AUGGCCGCCUUUGUGCGCGUUUCAGGUCCGGCAAAUGGCAAUUUUCUGAUCGGCUACCCCGGCAUUUCUGCCACCAUGGUAAGCGCCAGUAUCGAUGCCCCUCCUCUCCUCGGAACCAGGCCUGGCGGGCCUGCAAUCCCCUGGACUCGGACACCAGACCACCCGGCUAACAUCGCCCACCAGCCCCGGAUCGAAGGUAAAGUCGAGAUCCGGCCCAGCGUCGGCAUCUCCGCCCCCGUCAAUGUCUCCCUAGUGACCAUAUCCCUCCUCCGCCGGGAGACCAUCCAUCCAUCCGCCGACUCCGUCACGAAGAAACGCCUGGCGCCGCCUCGCAAGGAAAUAACAGAUAUUGUGGGCAAAGAAAUGCUAUUGUUUCGAUGUCCCGCGGGGAAGGAAUUCGAGGAGGUGAUCGCGAUGGAUCUACCGUUCGUCCUCUUUAUUCCAUUUGGCCGGGGCGGCCGCGAUGCCUCACGGCGGGUGCCGCCGGCGAGCCUCCAGCUGCCCAGUCGAACGGCCGAAACGUAUUACGAGAUGGUCGUGAUGGUCCAACAAGGGCAUUCCGAGCAGCGCAAAUACACCUUUCCCGUCCCCAUCGCCCGCUACGACACACUCUCCACCUUCGGCAUGUAUAACCGCCCCGAGUCGGCCGAGCGGGUAUCAGAUCACCUCGUCACACUGGCCAUCUCAUUACCACGGUGGUCCUACGGGCCCCUGGAUCCUGUCAGCGUGUACGUCAAACUAUCACCCAAUCAGAAUUGGAUGGGCAAAGCCCGCAAGGUGACCAUCAACAAAUUCACCAUUGGCAUCGACGAGGAGAUCAUCUACAACCAUGAGGGUGACGAGCCCCAGCGCAAGGUCAAGACAUUGGCCAAGAAAACAGAGACUGUGGGCGUCAAACUGCCCCAAUCGGGCUAUCUCACCAAUCUGGGAUUGGUGUUUCCGGCCAAGGAUAUACGGGAUGCGGAGGGUAUCUUGCCGCGCAGUCGGACUGCGUUUCCAAUGUAUGGCGUGAGCGGUUUCACGACGACUGCGAGUCUAUAUAAAAUUGAGUAUUAUCUCACCGUGCGGGCACAUCUAACAUCCGCGCGAGAUAUAACCAUUCGCCAGCCGAUUGUGGUUUGCCCGCUUGAUCAUGCUGGGUGCAAAGAAGAGAUGGAAGCCAUCGAGCUAGCUGCACGAGAUGCUGCCCAUGUCAACCCGGACAACCCAAUGCUGCCAUUGCCAUCCAUCGUUCGACCCAGUGAUCCGAACGCCCUCAAUCACCUCGGAGUGGCCUUGGUUGGAAAUCAAAAGAAGCCUUUGAUCGACUGA